AGGUGGGAGUGGUUGGAUGAUGUGGAAAGUCGGUUGGUGAGGUCGGCUGCGGAAAGACGGCUCGGGCACGCCUUCCUUUUUCGUGGGUGGCUUUGCUCUCCCGUGCAGACCAGGAGCUGCUGCUUGCCGCCGCCGCCGCCGCCGCCUAGAGCUCCGAAAUCCGGCCCAAAAAGCACAGCAGCUUCCAGUCUGUGGGAAGAGCCAGGCUCGGUCCGUACGCACCGCAGCCAAGCAAGAUGGCCUCUGCAAACGACACCCGACAGAUGCCCAAGGAUGCUGCUGACCAAAACUUUGAUUACAUGUUCAAGCUUUUAAUCAUUGGCAACAGCAGCGUAGGCAAGACAUCGUUCCUCUUCCGAUACGCUGAUGAUUCCUUUACUUCAGACUUUGUUAGUACUGUGGGCAUCGACUUCAAGGUGAAGACUGUCUACAGGAAUGAAAAAAGAGUCAAGCUGCAGAUUUGGGACACAGCUGGUCAAGAGCGGUAUCGGACCAUCACAACCGCCUACUACAGGGGAGCAAUGGGUUUUUUACUCAUGUAUGAUAUUUCCAACCAGGAGUCUUUCAAUGCUGUACAAGACUGGGCGACUCAGAUCAAGACUUACUCCUGGGAUAAUGCUCAAGUGAUUCUGGUUGGGAACAAGUGCGACCUGGAGGAUGAUCGAGUAAUACCCACUGAGGAUGGCAAGAGGCUCGCUGAUGAACUUGGUUUAGAAUUCUUUGAAGCCAGCGCCAAGGACAAUAUCAAUGUCAAGCAGGUCUUUGAGCGCUUGGUGGACAUAAUCUGUGAGAAGAUGAAUGAGAGCCUGGAUGCAAGCUCUGGCAUGAACAGCACCAAUCAUAAAAACACUGCCCUGAAUGAGACCCCAGCUUCACAGUCCAGCAGUUGUUCCUGCUAGACAGGACUUUGCUCACCACUGAGACCUGCAGUGCCUCACUGCCCUACAUAAAUAAGGAGGAAGGGUCAGCAGAUUGCACCUCUCAUUUGGCUGCUGGUUGGCUCAUUCCCCCUGUUUGCCUCUGGCUGUGCCUGCUUGGCCUCUGACAGCAUGCACCAUUUGCCUCCCCUCCUUUUCUCAACAGCAUGAUGGGCCUUUUCUGGCAAGGGAGCAUGAUUUCUUUUGCAUAUAUCCACUUCAGUUUACACUCCCAAUUACAACAUGUCUUUGCAACCCAGACAAAUUGGACCUCUCUGGCAUUGUGCAAAACUUUCUUUAUUCAAGAUUCUAGUGCCAAUUCUCUGAUCUGAUUGUUCUCACUUAGUGACUAGAAGUUGAGUAAUUUGUCUCAUGUAACCUGCACCUGCAUAACGUCCUUUCUCCCCACCUUGCCUUGUCCUGUGUUAAACCCUGCAUCAGUUUAACCACUCCAUGCAUCUGAUUAAGUGAGCUGCAGUUCAUGAAAGUUUAUGCCUUUUAAUAAAAUGUUUUAGUUGGAAAAGGUGCUACCAUAUUCCUUCUGACUUUCUGCCAAAUUCAGCCUUCUGCAAUUUUCUCUGUUUAAAAAAUAAAUCCCUUGGCAGCUU